GCCUCCGCGGCCUGGGAGCUGGCAGCUGCUGGCAGGAGACGGUUGGAGGUGACCGGAAGGGAGCGGAGGGCCGUGCGUGGGGCUCUGCGGUGGCGUCGCCAUGCCGGGCAGUGCGGCUACCAGCGCUGCGCAUCAUGGACAGAAGGGCAAGAGGCCAAAGUCUCUGGAAAACAAAAAGACUAAACAAUUUGAGGAGAUGGAAACUACUCCCCUGGGAUUGAACAGUAAUUAUAAUGAGACAGCCAGCAACAUCUCUUCUGGCUCACAGAAGAGUGCAGUGAAUGGAAGAGCAGAGUCCAGAAGCAAGCGGACCAUUCGUCGGCCGGCUUACUGGCUGGAAAUGAGGGGCAUAAAGAACAAUGUGAACAAAUCUUCGGAUGAGAAAGCAGAAGUGCUUUUGAAAGGCAGGAGGAAAUCUGAGCACGGGGAAGGUGAAGAUCUUAAAGACGCUCCCAAGAAGAAGCAGAAGAUUGCUGGAAAAAAGCGGCAAUCAGGAGCGCAGCAAAACUCCAAAACAAAAAGCCACCAUGUUCGGAAGGAGCCAGCAACCUAUGGCACAGGUAGCAUAGAAGAGCAGUGGUCUUUGGAAAUUCAGGACAAAGGCCGAGUUACUUGUCCUACCUGCCGGGCUGUGGUGAGAAAGACUGUAGAAGGACUGAAGAAACACAUGGCAAAUUGCAGGCAGGAAACGUUUGCAUGUCAUCACUGUGGGAAACAACUGAAGUCUUUAGGAGGAAUGAAAUACCACGUCAUGGCAGACCACAACAGUCAGCCAGUUGUGAAGGAAGGAGGAGAAUUGGAUGAGCAGCUUGAGAGGGACCGCCUGCGGAAGGUUCUGAAGCGUAUGGGAAAGCUGAAGUGUACAAGGAAGGGCUGCACAGGCAGCUUCACUAGCAUAAUGGGAUACCUGUAUCACAUUAAAAAAUGUGGGAAGACUGCUUCUGAGCUGGAGAAAAUGGCAAUGAAGUGCCAUCAUUGUGAAAAAGCAUACAGAUCAAAGGCAGGACUUGUAUACCACCUCCGAGCUAAGCAUGGGCCGGUUACCUUUCUCCAUGAAGAAAGAACAGAGAGCCUGAAAGAUGCAAAACGGGAGCAAAGUAGUACAGGUAGAGUUCAGAGGAGAUCUGCAAAGGUGGCAAUCUACUAUCUCCAUGAGCUGGCUGGAGAAGAGCUGGCCAAAGAGUGGCCCAAGAGAAGAGUGCCACAGGACUUGAUUCCUGAUGAUAGGAAGCUGAAAUACACCCGUCCUGGACUGCCCACAUUUAGUCAAGAUGUGCUGUGCAAAUGGAAAACAGAAAUAAAGAUGUACCGAAGAGUCCACUGUCCAAAUCAGGGUUGUGAAUCUGCAUAUGGCACUCUCUCAGGACUCAAAUCUCACCUCGGCACAUGUACCCUGGGAGAUUUUGUGGCUGGCAAAUAUAAGUGUCUCCUGUGUGAGAAAGAAUUCAUUUCAGAGAGUGGAGUCAAGUAUCAUAUCAACUCUGCACAUGCUGAGGACUGGUUUGAUAUGAACACAAAUACCACCAAAAGCUUUGAGAAACUAAUGAAAAUCCGCCAAAGAGAAGAGCAGAGGAAGCAACGGAAGAAACAUCCUUUGACCCAAGGCAAAAAGAAGAGAACUGGGUCCUUGGCUACUAAGAAGCUCCCCAGUGCCAGAGCUGAGAAAAUGAGAAGUAAGAGAGGCCGUCCAAAGCAAGUGCGCAAUGAGAGCGAGAGAAGUGAGGAAAUGGAGCCUCAAGUUGCACAGAGAGACAAAUUUCCAAAAUCCAGCCACAAGCGAGGCCGGAAAUAAACCCUAGGAGAAGGGAAGAAGUAAUCCUAAAUCUUUUCAGUUACAAGCUCUGUUUCUUUCAGUCUCAUAACCCACAGCCUCAUAACCCACAGGAUUAACACGAGCAACUGAAUGCCUUUGGGACUGUGACUUCAUUCCCUCUGCGAUGCGUGUUUUGGAACUGUUGCAUCUGGUCAGUUGUGAGAAACUGUGAGCCAAAGCUGUGGUACAGAGACAGUCUGUCCCGGUUUAGGAGAGACAAGGGGAUUAGCAGUGUACCCACUGUGGUUUUUGCUCUGGUUGCAGUCUCAGUUUGAGUCACAUUAGUUGCUUGUUUAGGACUUCCAGCACAGUAGCUCGUUUUGUCAUCUUCCUCUGAUGAUGGGUGAGAUCAGGGUUCUUUUUAAGCAGUUCUCUCUGUAAGGAGCUGGCUAGCACAGUGUUUAGAUCACUUUAAGAUGCUGAUUGCACAGUGUGCACACAAACUAAGCAGUGCUGUGCAAAAUGGAAAGGCUUUAGCUUGCCUGGUUUAUUCUUUCACGACUGGGCAUUGAAUGGAUGAAGAAGCUCUUCCCAUUCUGUGAGGAAUAAAUAUUCACUGGCCUUUUGGAGACCCUCAGUGACAACAUAAUAAAGAUGGCCUGCAUAGGCCCUCUGAAGACAGCUUGUUUCAGACUCAACUGGGAAACAAACUUGCUUCAAGAAUGGUACAUAUCUACAAUUGCAGCACUGGUAAUGCUGCAGCCUGGAACCCCUUGAGCUGCUUUGCCCCAGUGCACUGUGCUUUGUCAUGCUCACAUAGUGUCCUCUUCUCUGCGAGUGAGUACUGUAGAUUCUUUCUUUGUUAUACUACAUAUUUCUUUUCAAUACUACCACUGCUAUGUGGAUGAGAUAUUUUAGCAGUGGCUUCCCUGCGUGGGAAAGAAUAAAAGAAGGGGGUUAAUUUUCUUUUUUUAAUUUUUAAGUCACGUGUUGGUAUGAAUUCUGGGGCAUAGGGAAUAUCUUCUUGUGCUCCAGAAAUGCACCAGGUAUUACAGAAACUAGCACAAAGCAGCAGCACGGGCAGGGCUACUCUGUCUGUCAGAGAAUGUAUUCUCUCUGUUAUCCAAAGACCCAGUAUCCCAGGAAGUUGCAAAACUUGACCUUUUUCUUGCAGGUUUGCCAGUAGGAGAAUAGACAGGUGGCUCCAUGCUGCUUCCCUGUGAAUUUUCCUAGGCUAACAAAACAGGCAGCUGGUGCUUAAGUUCACAGGGAAGCCAUUGCAGUGCUUGGUGAACAGGCAGAUUGAUACAUGAGUGUUACUACCAGAAGUAUAUUGGCCCUGGUACUGGGAAGCACUGCCAGGCUGUCCUUGAGAGCUGCCUCUGCACUAAGCAAAGCAGUAAGUAGUGAGACAGCACACAGUGCUCCAUUGUGAUUGGCGUAGUGGUUACACUGCUGGGUUUGCUUUUUUAAACCAGUUGUCACUCUGGUUGCAGUACUGCACCAAAAGUAUAAACGUGUGGAACUUCUUGCAGGGUGUACAAGGCUUGCAGCCAGAGGGGCAAAAUAAAAAUGUCACCAGUGUGAGAACGUGGUUUCUUGUCCGUUUGGUGUGUGGUGUUCUUGGCACCAUCCCUACCUGCACAACACACCCCAGCCUGCUCACUUGGUUGUCAUGCAUGCUUACUGAUGCUAUUUGUUUUUCCACCCCCAUUCCUCUUCAGUGCUGCCCUCUGCACAACUGUGUUUUCACCAAGUUUACUGCCUUACUGAUGGGCAACAAGAUAAGCCCCUGCAUUAGAGGAAGCUUUCCUUAGUGGGUUUUGGUCUAUAGUCCUGUUUGCUGUCACUUUUAAGCCAUUAAUCAGCCUUGCUUUCUAGCUAUGGGUACUUCUUUGUGACCAUCUGGAUUCUGUAUUUACAUCAAGAUUGUAUUCCCCCCACACUACGUGAUGUGUGGAGAAAAACAUCAUUAUCCAAUAGUCCAUCCAUGACCUCAUUCUCAGCUCAGUGUUAGGGCAGUUCAUCUGCUGUCUUGGCUCAAGCUGAUGAGUUGGUGGCACUGUUUCUGAGGAGUGUAAUCUGUUUAGGGGCACCUGCUUCCUCCUGUAGGUGAACUAAGGCAGGCUACCCUGCAUGCAUGCAGCAUACUGCUUGGAGGCAUGGGAAAAUCCAGGCUCAAGGAAGGGACUGGAAGUGGGGAAUUCACAUUUGUCAUGUGGAUCUAGGCUUAAUAACAUACAAAAGUUGUACUACAGCCUACCAUGCUAAAAUGUACUGUUUAAGCACUCGUGAGUCUACAGUUCAGUCCUUUGUCAACGGUUCAGUUAGCCCAGCCCUCUGCAAUUGCAGGUCAAUAACACUACCCCAGCAUAUUUGCCCUGGCAGUUGCAAAUAGAAUUUAAGCAUGCAUAUAUUUAGCAAGAGGUCAGUUUCAAUGUGAACGAAGUGACAGAAGAGACCAGCUGGUCACCAAGUAGUUGUUCCUGUGAUUCAUUACUCCAAAAGCAAUGUGCCUUACUUCUCAUUGGGAUUGUUUUCAGUUCCAGCUUCUGCAUCUCUUGUUGCUCGAUCCUAGUAAAUCAGAUAGCCUUUACAGUAUGGGAAGGUUCUUCCUGCGUCUUUUCGAUCAGAAAUAACUCCAUGUAAUUUUCUAUAUGAGCUAAAGAGGUUUUCUAGUCUCAUUCAAAACAGUUUUCUUUUGUUGUUGUUGUUCUGAUUGUUGCUGAUGUUUUAUGUAUUUAGCAGUGCAGAGAUAAGAAACAGAAACCAAAUGAAGUAUUCUGUAAUAGUCUUUCUAACGUAGAAUGCGAUGAUGAUAUUGCUCUGCUCUUAGCUACCUUUCUUUCACCCCCACAACUGUUUCAUUAUGCUGUUUAUGUUCACUUUGCAACCUGCUCUAUUAAAUAUCAUUUUCAGUUCUGGAAUUUGGUUGGAGGGCCUAUUUCCUUUGUUUCUAGGAAUAGACAUUUGCAAGGUUUCAAUCCAGGCAGCACACCAUCCACUGCUCUGCCUCUGUACGACACUGCAAUACAUUUCACUGCAUAGCAGAGGUCGUAAUUCAGCGUGGUUUUGCUUGAGCCACCCUUUGAGGUGACUCUGUUGUAUAAUUUCUCAUUGCUUUCAUUUUCCAUCAGCUUUUUUACCCUGCAGAUUUGCAUUGUAAUUGUUUUAUAUUUUCAUUAGUAUUGCUGUUUAAAAGUACAUCAGACAGCUGCAGACUGUGGCAAACUCUGGAACAAAUCCUUAUUUACAAUAUUUAGUAACCUGCAU